AUGAAGAAGAAAUCAGGCUCUUUGGUGAAUACAAAACCUUUGAAACCAUCCCCUUUAGCCUCUGCGAAGCAGAAUAACAGUAAUAACAAGGGUAAUAACAAUAAUAAUGAAGUUGGUCAAAUACGUUCAACAAGUCCUUUAUCAUCAGUAAUAUCCAAGUCAGAUCUGAAAAGAAAUGAAGAGAUAGAACAACAGAUACAAGAUAAUAUACAACACAGCUAUAAAAUCUAUGAUGUUGAGCAUCAAAAGUCAAUACAAACCCCUUCACCAACUCCUCUAUCACCAAUCAACAAUUCAUCACAGGGAUCUCCAUCACUAAUACCCAGAGACUUACAACAACAACAACCUUCACAGCAAGAAACUGAUGAACUAGAAUUAUCAAACUUCACAAGACACAACAUCCCACCGCAACUUCUAGAGAAACUUGCAACUUUCCCACUUUUCAAAAAUGCUCCAAGAACUUUCCAUAAUGCAAUAGCUGGAAGAUUAAAAUUAGUUCAACAUCAUGCUCAAGAAUAUAUCGUUAGGUUUGGCGAACCUGCUAAAUCCAUGUAUUGGAUCCUAAGAGGCUCAGUGGCCGUGACAUCCCCAGAUGGUGAAGCUGUUCAUGCUGAACUAGUUGCUGGUCAAUUUUUCGGGGAAAUUGGUAUACUGUUCAACAGACCAAGAACUGCAACAGUGGUGGCUAGAACUAAAGUACUCUUAGGAGUUUUAACUGCUGAUAAUUUCAAUGCUGUAUUAUCUGAUUUCCCUGCCGUGGAGAGAAUGAUUAGAGAUGAAGCUCAAGAGAGAUUAAGCAUGCAAGAUAAAAGGAAAAGAAAUGGGGUAACGAAUAUAAUUUCAAAACCAAAUAGUACAAUGAAAAGUCUUCCAAGAAUCCACGAUAAUGUUGAUCAUUCUAUCCCUACAAGAGAUUUCCUAAGAAGUUUACCAAUGUUUACACUAUUACCUUCAAAUAUUAUCCAUGAGCUGGUACUAGGUGUGGAACCAACAAGGUUUGAACCAUUUGAAUAUAUUGUUAGGAAAGGAGAAUUGGGCCGUGAUAUUUAUUUUAUUGUUAAUGGUGAAGUGGAAGUAUUAAGUCCCAAGAGAAUUUCAUUAACUUCUUCGCAUGGUAAUAAAGAUAAAAAAGUGGAUCAUGUUUUAGCAAGAUUAGGUACUGGUCAAUACUUUGGUGAAAUGGCUUUUUUACAAUCGAUCUCUAAACAUGAUCGAGAUUUCCAAAAGAUUGAAAGAAGUGCUGAUAUUAGAUCUGUCUCCACUGUGGAUUUAUUGAUUGUUAGUGGUGAUCAAUUGGAGAAUUUGUAUUCAAGGUAUCCUAGGAUUUGUGAUGAAAUGAGAGAAACUGCUAAAAAGAGAAAUGAUCGAAACCAAAUCAAUACCCAGGAUGAUGAUCAACAACAUCAAGAAGAAUUGAUGUUCAAAGAUCCUUUCAAAAAAUGGAAGGUCCCUGACCACUUAAUAAGAAGUGCUUCACCAUUAUCAGAAUCAUCUUCAACAACUUCACAACUAUACACAACAACUUCCACAGCUGCCUCAUCAUUCUCCACAGCUCCUCCAAGCUCAAUAUUUGACAAUAACGAGUUUUCUUUCCAAAGAAGAAGAUCUAUAGCCACAAUAACUCAAUCAAUUGAUCCAAGAGAAUCUUCAUCAUCACCAUUGACCCUCAAUGUCCCACCACUGAACCCAGUUCUACCAUCCUUAAACUCAUUCCCAUCACAUCAAAGAACACCACAACCGUUCCAAUACAUGAACCAUGCUAAAAGAUUAAGAUUAGCAAGCAUAAGUGGGAGACGUCGCUCCUCAGUAUUGAGCACAGGUCCAUUACCUGAUCGUAUCUUGUUGAAAGUUUUUGAAUUCUUAUCAUUGCCCGAAUUAAUGAAACUCAGAAUAAUUUGCAGAAGAUGGAGACAAUUAUUAUAUGUUGCCCCUGGGUUUUUCGAAGUUUUGGAUUUAAAACCCUACAAUACUUCAAUUGAUGAUGAUGCCUUGAUACAGAUCACUGAUUUUGUUGGUUCAAGACCAAAAGUUAUUGAUAUUUCUGAUUGUUUCCAUAUAACUGAUUUAGGUUUUUGUUAUAUGGUUAAUGAGAUUGGAAUGAGUGGCUCAAUACAAAUCAUCAAGAUGAGAUCAGUUUGGGAUGUGAGUGCAAUGGCUAUUAUGGAUGUCGCUGUACCAAGUAUUGGACAUCAUAUUGUGGAGUUGGAUUUAUCAAAUUGUAGAAAAGUUAGAGAUGAUGUUGUUGAAAGAUUAAUUGGUUGGAAAAAUAAAUUACACCCUGCUCAAACUAAAAACUCUAUUGUGGUUAAUUCAAUUGAUGAUCCAAUUCCUGGGAUGGAAGAAUUUGAUGACCAAAAUAAUAAUGAAUCUGCUAUCGGUUGUGCAAAUUUGAAGAAUUUAAAUCUUGGUUAUUGCAAACAUUUAACUGAUAGAUCAAUGUAUCACAUUGCAUUACAUGCUAAUGAUCGUCUUGAAUCACUAGAUUUAACAAGAUGUACUACAAUAACAGAUGCCGGGUUUGCAUAUUGGGCUUAUCAACCUUUCCCUUAUUUAACCAAAUUGAAAUUAAGUGAUUGUACAUUUUUAACAGAUAAAACAAUAGUGGCAAUUGCAAGUUCUGCUCAAGGUUUAACAUUCUUGGAUUUAUCAUUUUGUUGUGCUUUAACUGAUGUUUCUAUUGAAGUUUUAUGUCUUGGUUGUCCAAAUUUAAAACAUUUGGAUCUUUCGUUUUGUGGAUCAGCUAUUAGUGACUCAACAUUAUUGGCAAUUUCUAUCCAUUUAAGGAAUUUGGAAUCUUUGGUUAUUAAAGGUUGUGUUAGAGUUACAAGAUCAGGUGUCGAUGCUUUAUUAUCAAGUUCAAUUCCAUUAAAGUAUUUGGAUAUCUCCCAAUGUCGUAAUGCUCAUUUUUAUAGAGCUGACAUUCCUGCCCCUAUUAUCAAACCAAAUCCUAAUUCCAAAUCUGCCUUUGUCACUACAAGUUAUGAUCGUGUUGUUGAGUUGGUUAUUUGA